GAAAGAGAACAAGGCCGUUACAUUCCAGUCAACAUUUUUGAGGCAUAGAUCUCAUUCAGAGCUAGAAAUUGCUUAAAAUUAUACAAGAACAUUUUCAAAGAUCCUCGUACAAGUCAUGGACGAUCCAACCAAACAGGACGAAGGGAAGCCCGAGGGGAAUCCCAAGGUAAUGCCCGAAGGGAAGCCCGAAGUGAAGCCCGAGGGAAAGCUAUUGGGAAAGCUCUUGGGGAAGCCCGAAGUGAAGCCCGAGGGAAAGCCCGAGGCGAAGCCCGAAGUGAAGCCCAUGGAGAAUCCCAAGGUAAAGCCCGAGGGGAAUCCCAAGGUAAUGCCCGAAGGGAAGCCCGAAGUGAAGCCCGAGGCGAAGACCGAGGCGAAGCCCGAGGCGAAGCCCGAAGUGAAGCCCGUGGGGAACCCCGUGGGGAAGCCCGUGGGAAACCCCGUGGGGAUGCAGCCGCCUGUGGACGAUAAUAUGCAACGUGCAGUGCUGCUAUUCGCCUUCUUCAGCGCCGCCACCUGUCUGCUGGCGCUGGCUGUCCACAGGAUGCAUCCUGCUUAACGCCAGGAUCCAGCAGGCCAACAAUGACACACACCGAAACACUGAGACACGAUGGGCCGCAGCAAUCCUCAAGAAGUAGAAAUUGAACAUUUGUGGACACAACAAGCAACAACAGCCAUCAUUCCAAUAAAUAAAUAAGAGUU